AUGGUCAUUGAUUUAACAGCUACAGUCGCAUCUAAGCCAACAAAAGAUAUAGUGUACAAGCGACACUCCUGUGGACCUCAACCAACAGUGCCAAAAAAGUGCAAGCUAAUAGAGCUUAAAGAAGCCCUUGACGUCGAAGGCUUCUUGGAAAAAAUUAAGGAGGUUGCACCAACGGCAAGGAUAUUUACACUGACAACUUGCAAACCACAAGUCAAUGCGACUCCAACUGAAAAUGUCAAUGGUUCGUCCCAUCACGUUGAGGAGGAACCCCUAACAUUAACACUUCAGACACCUCUGGUAGCAUUCACAUCAAGGUUGCUCAGCCGGAAAGGUUUUAAGCAUGAAAGCGUUGAGUGCUUGGCAGGCACUCUUUUCGAAAAAUUGUCCAUAGCAGAAAAUGAGGCGAGGAGAAUUGAAGUAGCCACGCGAAAUCAGGCAUGUUGUCCCAUAUGGUACCAACACCGUAAGGGUAGGAUAACGGCAUCACUUUUUAAGGAUGUGUGCAGAUCAAAACGAGUACACUGCACAACUCUGCUAAACAAAAUAUUUAAUGCGCAACCACUGAAUGUGCCUGCUGUGCAAUAUGGUGUUGAGAACGAACCUGUUGCCAAAGAGAGGCUUCUAGCACAUCUGAGCACCAUUCACUCAAAUGCCCGCAUUGAGGCAUGUGGCCUCAUGGUGAACCCCAGGUACCCAUUUUUCGGCUGCAGCCCUGACGGAAUUUUCAGAUGCGACUGCCACCAACCUGCACUUGUAGAAAUUAAAUGUCUUUAUAGUCUCAGGGACUGCCAUCCUGAGAACUUAUUAGCUGAAGGCCAAAAAAAGAAAGAGUUCUGCCUUGCAGCUAAUGGGGCUUUAAAAGAAACUCAUGCCUACUACUACCAGGUACAAGCCCAACUGCACCUGAACCUUGAAAAUAUCAGAACCUGCUACUUCUACAUUCACGUUGAUGCAGGUGGGCUCCUGGUAGUAGUAGAGAGGGACGAAAAUUUCAUGGACUCUCACAUAGACAGUUUGCACAGUUUCUUGAGAGACAUUGUACUGCCAAGAAUAAUUCUAGGAAAUUCUUUGUAGGGAUGAGCGGCCACUUGGAAAACUUUCACUGACUGAUAUGUGCUUAAGCUCACUCACUGUGCACUACUUUCAACCUCAGAAACAAAUGACACUGCACAAUGUUGUUCGUCAUUUCGUUGGUGAUGGGGCGAGCAUUCCAUUCAUCAA